GAUAAAUGUGAUAAGAGUGGGAGGAGAACUACAGUGCCAGUCCGGAAAAGGAAAUGGCUUAUGCAGAGGUCACUGAGAACUCGCGGUGGCAGCCGGGACGUCGGCGGACUGUGUGCCUGCGCUGAGGAGAGCUGCGUGUCCCCAGUGUCCGCUUGGGUCGCCCGAAUAGGAAUGCGCCUCACGAAGCCGGUGUGCGUUGAAAUAUUUUGUGAAGACCCAGCGGGGACUGCGCUGUGAGAAGAGCCAUGGUCGGCCGUUGCCUGUGUCACUAGCGUGUCGGCGUCGGUGCAGUGUUUAAUUCAUUGAGCUAAGAGCCGUUAGCGCCGCUUCGUUGAUUCACAGCACGUUAGCUCAGUAGCCUCCGUCUGCGGCGUACGUGUUAGCCGCUUAGCUGGCGUGGAGCUAGUGCGAGUGAGUGGUCGAUCCAGUUGGACAGGAGAGGACCAGACUGACUGCUGCAUACAGCCGGUGUCUCCCCAAAAAAGGCGGUGGUGGUGGCAGGCGGGGGUCCGGGAGAAAGCGACGGGGUGGAAGUGAGUCAGGAGCGGCUGAUGAGUUCAGAGCCGAGCGUGGGGCCGCCGCUGCUGCAGGAGGAGGCUGAUCCUGGACCGAAGACCGGUGGGAAGGACGAGGCUCCGCUGGGGAGCGAGGGAGGGUCCGGUGGCGGCGGCGGCAUGGUCACCUCUAAGGGUGCCGGUUUGAACCCAAAUGCCAAGGUUUGGCAGGAGAUGCCAGUGGCUCCCACAGAGACUCUGACAAACAGCCCCCACUGGCCCAACACAGACAUGACUGAAGGUUACACUGAGACUUCGUCUGCUGGGUGCAAACAGUACACCGUGGGAUUCACAACCCUGGAAGACAAGGGCUCCACAGCAACAGCUGAUAUAUCAGUGAAUGGAAUGGACGCUCCAGAGAUGGUCUUCUCCCCUGCUGAGUCCACGACAGGGACGCCAGGAGAAUCCAAGGCUGAAGAGGAGCCAAUCUCAUCUGAGAGUCUACGAGAGUCUCUUAAGAAAGAACUGGAGUUUUAUUUCUCAAGGGAAAAUCUCUCAAAGGACCUGUACCUGAUGUCCCAGAUGGACAGUGACCAAUUUGUCCCCAUCUGGACUAUAGCUAGUAUGGAGGGCAUUAAAGUUCUCACCACUGACAUGGACCUCAUCCUGGAUGUGCUAAGAUCCUCUCCUAUGGUACAAGUGGACGAGAAAGGGGAGAAAGUGCGUCCUAAUCACAAGCGGUGCAUUAUCAUCCUGAGAGAAGUCCCUGAAACCACACCUGUAGAGGAGGUGGAGUCACUGUUCAAAAAUGACAACUGUCCAAAGGUGAUCAGUGUUGAGUUUGCACACAACAAUAACUGGUACAUCACAUUCCAAUCAGACACAGAUGCUCAACAGGCUUACAAGUAUUUAAGAGAGGAAGUGAAAACGUUUCAGGGAAAACCCAUCAUGGCCAGAAUAAAAGCCAUCAACACAUUCUUUGCGAAGAAUGGCUACCGUAGCAUGGACAGCAGCCUGUACGCCCAGCAGUCCCAGAGCCAGUCCCAGUAUAGCUCUCCUCUCUACAUGCAGCACGUCUACCCUCAGCAGCAGUACCCAGUCUACGGCAUUGUACCUCCAACCUGGACGCCUUCUCCAACACCUUAUUUUGAAACUCCUCUGGCACCUUUUCCUAACAGCAGCUUUGUGAAUGGCUUUGGCUCAGCUGGACAUUACAAAACAGGCUCCAACUCUUUGAAUAUUACUCGUCAGUUCAAUAGAAGUCGUGUCCCUCUCUAUUCAAGAAAGAAUGUAAUAAAUGCCUUCAGAAACCAUGUAAAGCCCCAGGUGAGGACGAACGAAGUGACCCCGGCCGUCAUCACUCCCGUGGCCCUGGAGAGUCUGACUGGCCUGCGGAGCCCACAGCCCCCUGCUGCUGUGGCUGCAGCUGCCACCAAUCCGGUCCAGGCGGUGUCGGAUCUCAGCAUGGCCUUCUCUCAUCUCUCUUCCUCCUCCUCCUCUUUGGACCCUUGUGAUGACAAUGGCAUGUCUGGACGUGGAAGACGGAGCACAACCUAUAGAGGACCUCGCAGGAGGCGAGAAGACGACCGCAUCACGAGACCUGUGCCGCUAACAGAAGUCAAGGUCUCUCCACCCAAGUUUGACUUGGCUGCCACCAAUUUCCCUCCCCUUCCAGGCUGUGUGGUCAGCACACAGGGGGAGCCGGUGCUCGAAAACAGAAUGUCAGAUGUUGUACGCGGUUUGUACAGGGAUAAGACUGAACAAACCAACAAAGAAUCCACUGUGAGUGCGGGGUCAGGCCAAGCUCCAGUCACAGAGAUGACUGUGGCUCCAAGUCCGAUCCUGCCAGCGGCUAAACCUGCUGUUCAACCACUCGGACCUUCUGCCCCAGGUGCUCGUCAGGAAAAGAGGGCUGAACGGGCAGAGGUCCAAGCUCCAAAAACGACGCCACGCACACCUGUUCAGACUACUGUCAACUCCUCCUCCUCAUCCUCUUCUUCUGCACAGCCUGUGUCUGUCUCCAGGCCUCAGCCUCCAUCUGCCUCUAUACCUGUGACACCCACCACACCCACCCCUGCUGCAGUCUCUGUACCCACUCCGGCACAGGAGCCACGUAAGCUCAGCUAUGCAGAGGUCUGCCAGCGGCCACCCAAGGACCCACCUCCGCCUGCGGCCCCUGCCCCAGCUUCCUCCGGUACUGCUUCAGCCCAGCCAUUGCGCGAAUUACGCGUGAAUAAAGCCGAGGAGUCUGGCUCUAGCGGCGGUCCUGGGGACAAACACGAGAGAGGCCACGACAAGGAGGGAGGAUGGGAAUGUAAGGAGAGCCGGCCGCCCCGCGAACGUGACUCUCAGAGCUACUACCGCAGCAACGGCCCCAGAGGCACCGGGGGCCUCAAGUUUCGGGACCAGAGGCGCCCGCCUCCGGCCCGACGUAACUCCCCACAGGGAGGCUACAGGCACACUGGCAAAGAGCAGAAUAUCCCUCCAGUGUCACCCAAAUAAAGGACUUGAUAUGAAUAGAAAAAAGAUGUAUGAAUAUAUACAUGGAUAUAUAUGAUUAUAUAAAAACAAAUAAUAAAAGCAACAACAUAGGUAGCCUCCUUCCCCCUGGAACUUGUCCAAUGAGAUGCUUCUAAAAAUGACACUUAAAAACCAGGACAUCCAGGACUAAUGGGCUGAAUGACACCAGAAGAACUUUGACAAAUGAUUUUGGAAGAUCUUGGUUUGACCUCCGGCAUUAUGCUUAGAAUCAUAAGUGCGAUUUACGUGGAGGUCAUCUCAUUUAUGCUCCGUUGGGAAAGGAAAGGAUGCUGGGCCGCAUAAAAAGCCCACUCUACCCUUUUUUUUUUUUCUUUCAAUUAUUUUAAAAAUAGAUGUUGGUCUGCGAGAACAAUAUGCACUAAAGAAAGAAAAAGAACAUGCAUAUUGGUCAUGUACAUAUACAAAGAUAUCACUAACAACGCAAUGAGACAUCAGUUUUGUUUUUUUUCCUUUUGUGUGCUUAGAUGUGCAAGAAUGACUGAAGGUUUGACUGAUGUCUGUAUGCAUUGAUUGUUCAACCAGAUGAUUGACCUGCUACAGUCUGUGAGCUGUAGAGCAUGUCUAAUGAACCUGAUUUUAAUUUCUGUUUUGAUUUUUACAUCAGAGAUUUAGAAUCAUUGUCCUGGACGCGGACAGUGCGGUCUUCACAUGUAUAUUAAGGAAAAUGUGUUCUAUCGUGGUAAUUUGAUCCUGGUCUGCGAUUGGCUUCAACCGCGUUGCAGUUAGAUGUGUAGUUUUGUUUAGGCCCAAAUCCACUUUGGGCUGCUCACUGGUCUGUUAGCCACAGAUAACCUGCUAGCCUGGUCCAAAGUUGUCUUUUUCCUUUUUCUUUUUCUUUUUUUUUUUAAACAUUAAUUUUUAAGAUGUUGUCCUGGGUGCACCCACUCUAAUGGAUUGAAAUUAUUAGUCAUGUUGAUAAUCAGUCAGAUGCUCUGUUUACAUGUUUGGGAUGUAGGGUGAUGUAUUUGAUGGAGACUUGAAGAAGACGAGGUUUCAUGGUAGGAUUGGACUGGUUUUGGUGAGGUUUGGCUUUUCUACAUCACAGGAAAAUUCAGGUUAAUCUUAUAUCUGUGAAACGUUCUUAACAAUGGCUUAGUGUCAAAACUAGACUUGAGGUUUUGCUAUUAGCUGAGAAUGAUCGCUACGUAACAUUUGGCAGCCGAUAUCGUGGGUUGAAAGAAGAACGGAACCCUUUUUUUCCACGUGCUAUGUGCCAGCUGCCUAUGAUCAUAGUGGGUAAGGGAUAAGUUUGAGAAAAAAAUUAAAAUUCAGUCUGCUAAAGAAAAUGUAACCAUUGGGAAACGUUUGGCCCAGUAAAACUGGAUUUUUGGAAGGUGUAGCUGCCUUUGCUUUAUUGUAAUAACCCUUCACUAGAAACGUGUGCGGGAGAAUGUAAAUGUUCUAGUUCUGGAUUUACAGAGGGAGGCUUUUGACAGCAGCUGUCCACCUGAUUGUUUUUUUUUUGUGCUUUUAUGGUUGAGUUUGCUGUUAUUUUUUUCUUUUUGUAACUUUUGGGAAAAAAAGACAAAGGUUGACUUAGAAUUUGAAGUUUGACUCACUGUAUGUAUUUGAUUUUUAAUUUUAUUUAUUUUAAUUCAGAUGCGCAACGCUUUUCUCCCAAUCUUGGUAGGCUGGUUUCCCCAAAGUUGUGUGAAAUCGCAUUGGCAAAAAGAAAAUCACGCAUAUGGCAGUUAUAUAAUGUUGGAGAUGUCAGCUGAAAAAAUACUUGAUGCAUUGACUUGGGUGUUAGUAAUGCAGUAAAUGAGCAACCAAUCACUGGGGCUGUUAUUUCUUCUUCAUUAUUGAGUUUGAGCAGCUAGUGAUUUAGUCUAAUUAAAAAUGAAUGCACUAACUCUAUUAAAAUAAUACCUUACUCGAGAGUAAGGUGAAAUCAUUUUAGAAGCAUAUGGUUGAUGUUGACAGGCUUGCAAUUACCGUCAGGAUAUGCUUUCAUCCCCUCCAUGUCUUUGAUUUUUUUUUCUGUUAAAUUCGGUUGGGGUGGCAAAAAAGGAUAUAGACUAAAAUGGAUCAACCAAGUGUUUGAGACACAAUCCUAGAACUGUAUGAAAUGUCACCAAAAAUAAAUUAUUUUGAUUUGGCA